AUGACUCAUUCACCCUGCAAAUCAAGCAGCAGCCAACAAGAAGCCUUGGAGAUAUCAGCCGGAACCGCCAUUUUAUCCCGUAUUCCGGAAUUUUGGAGGGACCAACCCAGAUUAUGGUUUAAGCAACUAGAAGCCAUAGUAGCACCACAGAAGCAAGGAGACGAUUACAAGUACUAUACGGUCAUUGCAAAACUGCCAAAAGAAGAAAUAAUACAGGUUAGUGACCUCAUUACUUGCCCACCGCCAAUAGAAAAGUACAAGGCUAUCAAAGAACGCCUAAUCAGUUGCUAUGAGGAAUCAGACCAACGUCAGCUCCAAAAAUUAUUGUCUGAAAUGGAUCUCGGCGACCAGAAACCAUCACAUCUUCUGCGCAAGAUGCGGACCCUGAGUAACGGAAAUAUCAGCGACGAAACCAUCAAACUUCUAUGGUUGAGGCUUCUGCCACCAUCAGUGACUUCGGUUCUAGCAGUCACAGAAGACAUAGAUGUGAACAAGAUGAGCCAGAUCGCGGACAAGAUAUUAAUAAAUUCAACACGUACAGAGGUGUCAGCUGUAAACGGAAACAAAUCUGGCGACGAUACAAUGUCAUGCAUACUAGCACAGUUAGCAGAAAUGCAAUUGGAACUAAAUGCAAUUCAGCAAGGUUACGUGGAUGUCGAGUAUCCUCCUCUGUUCGAGGACCGCCACGCUGGAGACGACUACGGCUUCAUCCAGUCCACCAUAUACACGGUCACCGCAUGCGCGCUAAUCUUCAUGAUAGCGGUGGUGCUGCUGGUGUCUGCGCUGUGCAAGAUGCACAUGAAGCGCGCCGCGCUGCGCAACUACGCGCGCGCCCACGCAGACACGCGGCGCCACUACUCCCUGCACUACGCGCAGGUAACUCGCUCUAUCUCCCCCCUCCCCCCUCCCCCCAAGAAGCGCGCCGCGCUGCGGAACUACGCGCGCGCGCACGCAGACACGCGGCGCCACUACUCCCUGCACUACGCGCAGGUAACUCGCUCUAUCUCCCCCCUCCCCCCUCCCCCCAAGAAGCGCGCCGCGCUGCGCAACUACGCGCGCGCGCACGCAGACACGCGGCGCCACUACUCCCUGCACUACGCGCAGACGCACCGUUUCCCCCCCUGCUACGAGGCGUCCCGGCUACUGGAGCAGGACGCGCGUGGGGGGGACGCGACCCAUGACGUCACGCCUGCGCAGUGUGGGACUGAGUGUCCCCCGCCGGAGCCGCCAGCGGAGCCCGAAGCAGGGCCGGAGCGCGGGAGCUUCGGUCUGGCCCGGCUAUCUGCCAUAUUCUCUUCAAGAUACAGACAGGUACCAACACAAAGCGACGUUGAACUAACAAACGUCAGAUCGACAUCGCUAAACAACUCCCCGACAAGGAAUCGAACGCUAGACAACUACCGCAGCCCGACCUUCUGCGACCUGAACGCUUCGGAAUUUUACUUCACGAACCCAGAAACUGGGGAUUUUGCUAGGGACCUAAACUAUAUGGCCAGACCGGUCGAGUUCGCGCGGAGAAGCUCAAAUACCACUCUGGAGCGGGUUAUAGACCAGCUGGACCGUCAGCGGUUGACCCUGCAGCUAGGUAGGUUCCAAUUAACCAUCCCCAGGUUCGGACGCCGCGCCGAGACAGACAGACGCCCAGACACGCCUAACGUAGCUGAAAUCAACAUCGACGAUCUAGACUUUGUCCGUAUGACGUCACAUGACACUUACACCCUCAACGGACGGACUAUACGCCUUUUGGGGGCGAACUUUGAGAAUUAUCCCGUCUUACCCGACGGCAGCAGGCCUCCCCCUUACAACGAGGCCAUGAGGUGCAAAUUCUUUGGACCUCCCCCAGAGUAUUUAAGCAGAGAAGGUCUGAACUCCAGAGUUGAUGAAGAAGCAAGGACUAAUGUUGAAAUGCCUCCUUGUUAUGACGAAUUAGGCGAUGGGGCUAGUUCCAGUAACAACAACGCUGAACCGAACCCUGAUACGGUAAGAGAUAGAGCCAUAGCAGCUACUUCAGCGACGGAAAAUAACGAUAACCUCAACAAUAACGCUAGCACGUCGCAAACAACGGUUGUUGAUAACGUUGACGCUAAUAUGAAUGUACAAAGUAUAAGUUCUAUUAUAAAUAACUUGCCUGCUAUCGAUAGUGACGUCAACGCUAACGAUACUAGCGUCAACUGCUAA